AUGACCGAAGGCCACGCCCCCGUUGUCGACGCACCGGCACCUACCGCGGGCGACAGCAGCGGUGCGGCCCCCGUCCCGGUCGAUGUUCGGCAUGCCGCCGACCAUCAUGUCCAGCCCGCCCACCACAGCUUGAAGGAGCAGGACUCCGUCGAGCGACUUACCCCACGACCGACCUUCAUGGAGAACCUGGCUCACUCGCGGGAUGCCCAGUUCCACCUCGACCGACGCGACUCGAGCGAGCUCGAGCGGUACUUUCACGGGCCCCGGAACAUGGAUAAGCACUCAAAGUGGCCUAUCUUCAUGCGGAUGCAUGGCAGCGUCACCCCCAAGAUGAUCCUGCCGAUCGUCAUUGUGGGCGGCUGGGCAACGCUCAUUACUUGCAUCUGCCGAUUCGUGCAUAACAUCGGCGUCAACAACAUCCUCCUCACCGUGCUGGGUUUCGUGGUGGGUUUGGCAUUGUCGUUCCGCAGUUCUACCGCGUACGAAAGAUGGGCUGAUGGGCGCAAAUACUGGGCCCAACUGAUUCAAACCUCCCGCAACAUGGCUCGUACCAUCUGGGUCAAUAUGAGCGAGCGUGAGGGCGAGGAGGGUAAGGUGGACUUGCUUCGGAAGAUCACUGCGAUGAACCUGAUCCUGGCAUUUGCCGUGUCUUUGAAGCACAAGCUCCGCUUUGAGCCUGAUGUGGCAUACGAAGACUUGGCCGGCCUCGUGGGCCACCUCGAUACCUUUGCCCGUGACGCCCAUGACCGCCAGGUCGUCUCGCCGAAAGCGAAAUCGAUGUGGAAAGCUGCGGGAGAGUACCUGGGUGUCUCGUUCGCCGAGUCAAACCCGCGCAAGCUGAUCAAGCGUUCGAAGAAGCCACUGGGCCAUUUGCCCCUGGAGGUUCUGAACCAUCUGACGGCCUACGUCGACUCGUGUGUGAAGAACGGCACGCUGUCCUCCGCUCUGCACCAGGGCCAAUUGAUCACCAUGGUUAGUACGCUGAACGAAAUUUUGACUGGCUCGGAGCGAGUGCUGGAUACUCCUCUGCCGACCGCGUACAGCAUUGCUAUCUCCCAGAUCGCCUGGAUCUAUGUCCUUCUCCUUCCCUUCCAGCUCUGGAAAAGCCUCGAAUGGGUCACUAUCCCUGCUUCCAUGGUGGCCGCGUACAUCAUCAUCGGUCUCGCCACCAUCGGCAGUGAAAUUGAGAACCCCUUCGGCCAUGACGUGAACGAUCUUCCGCUCGACACGUACUGCCGCCAGAUUGCUGUCGAAAUCGACAUCAUUACUGCUACGCCACCCCCGGUCGUGGACGACUUCAUGGCUCGCCCCGAUAACCUGGUCCUCUUCCCCCUCAGUGAGAGCGGCUUUCCCGAGUGGGUCAACCGCAGCAAAGAAGACAUCCGGGCGGCACUGCGGGCGAAGGUGGUGACGACCGAUAUGAACCCCGCGGUUGCCGGGUCUGAUUCUUCUACUAUGGCCGCAAGCGUUCCUGUCGAGACGAAGCAGUCUGUCUGA